AUGGACGCCCACGUAAAGGAAGGACAGCUGUACGUUCUGCACCAGAAGUUCGGAAAGAAAUGGAAGAAGAAUUGGUUUGUACUUUACCCCUCCAGUCAGAACGGCAUAGCCAGGCUGGAGUUUUUUGAUUCGCCGUCGGUGGCUGCAGGAGGCUCUCUAUCUAAUGAGAAAACGCGAAAGCUAGACAAGAAGAUCAUCCGUCUGUCGGAGUGCAUUUCUAUCCUGCCGGCCUUCACAGAGAACUGCCCAAAAGACAACAUGUCCGCAUUCUGCGUGGAAACUAACGACAAGACCCACGUGUUCUGUGCCGAAAGGAGCCUUGCCCAGGACUGGAUGGGCACCAUGUGUGACAUCGCCUUUCAGGGAGGAAGAGGCAGUGCUGUUCCUGACCCCAGCGCUGGAGCUCCAUACCUGCAGAUGUCUGAAAACCUAAUCUACUCCUCCAGAGAAGAGGUGGAUGACUUCUGGGUGAGUGUCCAGCGCUCGGAGGCCGCUGACCGCUGUGGACUUUCUGGAAACUACUGGCUGAAAGCUGAGAGUGAUGCCCUGACCCUGAAGGAGCCGCAGAACCACAGGACUGUCCAAGUGUGGCCCUAUAAGCUGCUGCGGAGAUACGGGCGCGACCGGGCCAUGUUCUCUUUUGAGGCCGGUCGUCGCUGUGACUCUGGUCCAGGAAACUUUACCUUUGACACCAAACAAGGAAAUGAGAUCUUCUCCUUGGUGGACCAGGCCAUCCAAUCGCAGAAGGCCCGGGCUGAGGAGAGCCACCUGAGCUCUGCCCCUGAUCCUGAAACGCCUUCCUCUCUGCUGCGCAUCGCCCUGCCUGGGCCAGGGACGGGCACAGGGACAGGGGGCGGCGGGGACAGCAGCAGCUGCAGCAGCAGAGAGGCAGAUGCAGACUCGGGGGGGAGUAAACCCAGCUCUGCUGAUGGAGUCCUGACCUGUAGGGAGGGAACCGAGGCAGGAGCUAAAGCCCCCCCAGGGAGCAGUGUGAAUGAGCAAGGAGGAGUGUACUCUGAGCCCGCUGACUCUGUGCACUCUAAGUCUCUAUACUCUGAGCCUGUGGACCGCCUGCAUCCCUCUCCCCCCGACCUCUACUCCUAUGUGUACGACCACAUCAACAUGGAUACCAGCGCCCUGAGCCUCACCGGGCCGGCUGGAAGAGCAGAGCAUGAGCACAUUUAUGACGAGCCCGAGGGACGAGCCAAAGGAACCAGUGGAACCCACCACAAACCAAAGACGGGCUCCAAGUUGCUCAAGCCCUUGACUGCUCCAAAACCCCCACGGGCCACAAACAAAGAUCCUCCAAAUUAUUCUAAUGUCAACAACAACAACAAUGUGUCGGGAGAGGGCCCCGAGCUCUACAGCAAAGUGUCCAAACAGAAGCCUGCACGCUCCAGCUACAGCCAGAAGGAGCACCAGAGAGCAGACCGGAGGCCAGACAUCAUCUAUGACAACAUGGGCGACAUCUGA